AUGAUGAAAAAACGUUUAGCAUGGGCCAGAAAAUACCAAAAAUGGACUGUAAAUGACUGGAAGAAAGUGGUUUUCAGUGAAGAAACACAUUUAUUUGUGCAGGGAUACAAAUCAAGUAUAGUUAGACGAAGUGAAGGCGAAAGUCUGAGAUCAGAUCAUAUCCAACAGACUGUAAAACACCCUUCCAAACAAAUGUUUUGGGGUUUCUUCACAGCAAAUAGCACUGGAAGUUUAGUGCCUCUAAAAGGCAUGAUGAAUUCAGCCAAAUACAUCGAUAUAUUAGAUAGCAGGAUUGCUCCAUUCAUGGAAACAUUCGACGGAACAUUUAAACGUGAUUUGGCCCCUUGUCACAAUUCCAAACUGGUCCAGAAUUUUAUGCGAGAAAACAAAAUAAAAGUGCUUGAUUGGCCUGGUAAUUCACCAGACCUAAAUCCCAUUGAGAAACUGUGGCAUAUUCUAAAGAAUCGCUUAGCCAAGAUGAAUUGCACUACAGGAGAACAAAUGAUAAAAAGUGCUAUUCAAGUAUGGUUCCACGACGAUGAAGUCAAGAACAUGUGCGCUACACUAGUGGAAUCAGUGCCAAAACGUGUUCUUGAAGUCAUAUCUGCUAAAAAGGAGAACAUACUUCAUAUUAAUGCAGACAUGUAUCAAUGUAACUUAAGACCUCUCACAUACCUCUCAGAAGAUCUGGAUGACUUAAUACCUCUUUCUCCGUCCAUGUUUUUACAAGAGAUCUCGACGGUGGGAGUACCUGAUUUAGAUCAGCUGGAUACAAUAGAUCUUAAAAAACGCUAUAGGUAUCAACAGACGUUAAGAGAACAGUUGAGAAAAAGAUUUCGCCGCGAAUACCUAGCGACACUCCUUCAACCGCGCAAGAAGAAUAACUAUUAUGAUCUAAAGGUUGGCGAGAUUGUGUUAAUCGAAGAUGACUUAAAGAAAAGAUUACACUGGCCGAUGGCUAAAGUUAUUGCCGUCUAUCCUGGUAAAGAUAAAAGGAUACGCGUGGCUCGACUUAAAACAGCACAUACCGAGUUUUUGAGGCCAGUGCAGCGGAUUUAUCCGCUGGAAAUACGUUCGACACCAAAUGAAGGUUCAACUCCAAUCGCAAGCGCAACUUCAAAUGAAGGUGACAAGCAUAAAAAUUUCCAAAGUACCUUACGAAACAUCGUUACCACAAGAAGCGGCCGAACGGUUAAGAUUCCAUCAAGAUAUUUGGACACAUAA